GCCCUGCUAUUCUCUUAAAAAGAUCGACGCACACAAGAUAUGUUUUAGGUAGUUUAGAAACAGUAUAUAGCUGAAACAAAUUAUUGGUUCCAAAUAUUUAUAAUCUCUCAGUUAUUUUUCAGAUUAAUCCAUUAUUUAUUUAGUUUAAAAAAUAUUUCAGAGCAUAUGAAAACGUCUUAAAAUAUCUUACCUGAAAGCCAAAGAUAAUAGUUUGCAAUGACAUAAAACAGAAAAGCACAAAAAACUCACAUUUUGACAAGCAGGAAACACUGGAGAAAUAACUUUUUAACGGAUGGCCAAAAGUUGUUAAAGAUAAUUUCUUUGUUGAUCGUUUGAUCAGCUAAUCAUUUAAGCCCUUAAACUGUGUGGCUAUUACAUAAUUUGUCGACCAGAGAACACUAACAAGUUUAUUUUUUACCUUUCAAAGUACAGUCCAGUCACAAUUCUGGUCACAAAACAAAUUCUUAUCAAAAGUGUUUAAGUUAAAAAAUGAAUAUCAGCUGAUGGAGCCAAUAUUAGAUUAUGCAUGUGUUUAUGUAUGUGUUGGGUAAUACAGUCACUUCAACAUUUGCCAGUAUGCACUUAUGCUUUAGCGGACAUAUUUCUGUUCUGUUGUCACCAAAGGUAAAUUACUGCACCUUUAUUCUACUUGGUGGAUAAACUGAUUCUGUUGUGAUUUUGACUGUUUGCCAUGUGUGUUUUUCAGAUGCUGUACUUUCAUUUUACUGUACUCUCACCCUUUCACCAAAUUCCAAGGAAGCCUAGGAGGCGACAUUAAGGGGAAAUAAGGAAACAAAGAGAGGAAGUAGUUACAUUUCACCUCAGCUCUCGUGUCCCUUUCUGUGUCCGUCGGUCAGGGAUGGUGAGACCAGUAACCUCUCUUCCCUGUGCUGAAAAAAACCUCCUCUCCAGCGAGCUAAACAGCCGGUCCGUUUGCCAAACAGACGCCCAGACAGUCCAUCAGUCAGUCACUCGGUCAACCAGCCUGCUAUCGUCCAGCAACCUAUUACCUCACACCAUGACUGCUCUGUCUGGCUUGUUUUUAGGAACUCACUAAUUCAUGCCCCGUAGUGUGAGUGGAGUGGAGAUGAGAAAAAGGCAGGCGGCACACAUCGAGGCCACACCCCAGGCCCCUGGACAGCCCCGACCCAACACCUGCUGCCUCUGCUGGUGCGGCUGCUGCAAGUGUCUCUGGAAUGAAGAUAGGAUGGAGAGGAGUGAACGACAGACCUGCACCAAGAUGGACAGUAUUGAAGCUGCAGAAGAACAACAGCCCAGUCUAGACGAGGCGCUGUUGUGGGCCCGGAGCUUUGAGGUGAUGCUGCGCUCGCGGGAGGGCCGGGAGGUCUUCCGGGAGUUCCUGCGCUCUGAGUACAGCGAGGACAACCUGCUUUUCUGGAUGGCCUGUGAAGAGCUGAAAAAGGAGACUGAUCCCUUAGUGGUUGAGGAGAAGUCCAGGAUCAUAUACGAAGACUACGUGUCCAUAUUAUCACCCAAAGAGGUGAGUCUGGACUCGCGGGUCAGAGAAGGAAUAAACCAGAACCUGGCGGAGCCCAGCAACCUGAUGUACGAGGAGGCCCAGUUCCAGAUCUACAACCUGAUGCAUCGUGACUCCUUCCCCCGUUUCCUCAACUCCUCCGUUUACAGAGACCUCCUGGCCAACAGGAGGCACACCUGCCUUGACACCUAGACUCCACCACAGUCCCUCAUCGCCAUCGUACGCCAACAAGACUACUACUUAAACUUCAAAUACUACUAUGGUGCCAGAAGUCGGGUUUGGAAAAUCUCUCCAUCUUUUUUGAUUGAUAAGACUGAAUGACAUCCAAGAUAGCUGGUUGUUUUUUUAUUUAUAUUUUUUAAGCAAUUUAUAUCCAGUUCUCCACUGGAGCCAGGUCGGCCUUUGCUGGUUGGUUAUUGGUCAAUUUAAGACCAUUAAUGCUGGCCAGUGAUUGUUUUGCUAGCAAUUUGUGCUGUUUGUUAAGGUUGACUGGCCAACCCACUUGUCAGCUGAAGUCAGUUGAAAUGGCCAACAUGAUGGCCAGCUGCUGGUUAACUGUGGACAAGGACUCUCAGGCGGUGGGGCCAGAAAGAGGAGAGCAGAAAGUGGACAAGCCAACUGUUCCUGUACUGUAAUAUUUAGACCUCAUGCUUUCUACCUUCACUUAAAUAUUCUCUCUCUCUCUUACUCAUUUUUUCAUGUUGUUUUGUUUUUCUAAUUCUGUCCCAUUCCGCAGAUGUGUAAAAUUGUGUUUUUAAUUUUAAUUUACUGUCCAAACAUGACACCUCGUUGUUGGUGGGAGUUGGGGCGUCUCUGCCCAUUUAACCAGUAGAAGCACUGGCUCUGCAUGUGACUCUCUCUCUUUACAGUAGCUUGACGAUGUAAGCCGCGGACUGCAACCGUUUUUGAAUAUUGAGAUGUAUUAUGACAGUGGACUGUCUCUCUGUCUGGAUGUCUAUAUUCAGUGAAGGGAAAAAGGACACUUUGCCAAUUUUUAGCUUACUGCAGUUUUUUUAUUGAGGAGACAUGAUGGCUUCAACAGCACAUACCCAUCCAUCGAUCCACCUGUCCAUCCAUCCAUCUGUCCGUCCAAGCACUUUCCUUCUUUGGGAUUCUUUAACUGGGAGAAGUAAGGGCUAGAAUUGUGGUUGGGCAGCUACAUGUAUUAUUAUUACUCAUGAACUUUAGACAAAAAAUCUCUACACUGAGAAAAUCACAAUGCCUUUACAUGUAAGAAAAAGGCAGCACAAGCGCUGCUGGAGUUUUUCUGGAAAGCAACCACAGUUUGUCCAACGAUCCCUACCUCCCAUCUUUUUUCCCUCCCCCUCCCUCCAACUCAGACCAUCACAACCUGACAAGCACAGGUGCCCAAUGUGGGGGAAAAACAGCUGGAGAAAAUACAAACAAACCCACAACGACUCCAAAGUCAUCUACAUUUUAAAAUUGUUGCGCAGAAAACGAGGGUUUACCUUUUAGUGUUGUACCAUGAUGUGAGCAUUAUGGAAAGCUAGUUCUACUUGGAGAACGUAGGGAGAUGCAGCAGGCACAGAUCUAAUUGAAAGGGUUAUUGAGCCCUGGCCUUUGUCUGUAAGGCUUUAGCUUUAGAUGCCGUAGGUAACAUGACAAGUCGCUGGAGUUGGACGUCCAGUAUCACGCUGCAGAUACGUGACACGGGUGCCAAACAUGAUGUCAAAGAUGUUGUGAAGAGAUAUCAGAUGUGACUUGUCACCAGGCUGCCGGCCAUUCUUGUGCAUGUCUGUUUCUCCAGCAGAUGGAGCUGGGAGAGUGUAUGGUAGUCCUUCAGUUAGCUACUGCCCAUUUAAGACGCAAUUUUUUUUUACCAGAGCUAGUGAAGAGGGUUGGUAUAAUAAUGCUAACCUGCUACCGUACCGGGCUUGCGAAGACAGUUUGCGUAGUCAUGCUACAUGCUAGCCUUCUCAACAAGGCUAAAUGGGUUUCAGCAUGCUGUAGACAAGCAGUCAUCAUGCUUGUGCUAGCCAUGCUAAUCCCCCAUCCCACUGCCAGCACUAAUACUCUGGUUUGUUUUUCUAAUCUGACUUUGACAGCAUGCAAUGAUAAUGGCUAUGUGUGUGUAUGGUACAAUUACACACUUAACAGAAACAUUUUGAUAAAAACUUUAAGGGGGUCUUGCCAAAUGUCCCAUUAAUGUUUUUAGUAUAUAAAGCUUUUGUUUUUUGAUGAUGUGAACAUUUGAACUUUGGCCUGUGGAUGUGCAGUAGAAAGUGCAUGAGUGCAGUAUAUGCUAUUCUGUUUAAUUAACUGGGCCUCCAAGUCCAAUCAUUGUGUAACAUGAUGGAUAGCUGACCUUAAAGUGUCAAUGAAACAGUGCCACUCCUUACUGAUAAAUGUAGGCAUCCACGUUGCCACCUCCUUUACAGUAACUACCUGAAGUUCACGUGCCAAGCUUGGUCUAGAUUAAAUUUAAGAGUAGACUGUGCAGGAUGUCUAGCAGACUAUUGAAGUGCAAUUGGAUGUCAUUAGCGAUUAUAGAAUGAAGCUGUGUACUAUUAUGUUAGAUUGGUUUUAAAUUGUCAGAAGUUACUAACCAUGACACCUUUUAGAAUACUCAAACCAUUGUAAUAACAUUGUUGGAUUAAUCAAGAAACUGACUCUAGUUAGCAUUUGCAAGUUUUACUAGAUGACUUAAAUAAGGCAACAGAUAAUUUUAUUGAUAAUAAUUUAAUGAAAUGCAGGUCCUCUGCUCGAGCCUAAAUGGAAAACGAGUCCAUGGAGUCAUGGUAUUUUGAGUUUUCCUCCAGACUUAUUUUCACUUACAGUGUUAAAUGUGUAGCGGUCACAUCAAAACCAAGCUAUCAUAUUACCACAAAAGCUUUCUGUAGUUAAAGUGUUGGUUAUAAAUUGGUAACACUGACACUGUAAAGUCGAGAAGACAUUUUUUGCAAAAUGUUCCUUCUUGAAAAUAUACUAUAUUUAACUUGCCAAUACAAUACUCCCAUGCAGACUACAUUAAUACCCAUAAGGACUUGAUUUGAUAUUGCUUAGCUGCUGUAAUGAAGAGCCGUGCAUGCAUGUGCAUAAGAAUAAUUAACCAAUUCUGAUACUGAAAGAUCAGUUGUCAAACUUACUCCUUGAGGAGUUUUCAUUUUAAAAGGAAGCAUUUUAGACGUAUUUGGACAACUUUGUAACUUUUUGACUGAGUAGAAGAAUGCCUGUCACUCAUAAAGCUCUAUUGCAAACAAGUCCCUCUUCUGUUCAGUACAGCUGUUUCCUUGUUGCUGAGUCUAUAUAGUAAUUAAAAUGAGAAUGUUUCACCAAGAACCAGAUAAUGAAAUCAUGGUGCAAUUAAACCAAGUUUACAUUUA